AUGAGGACUGAUAAAAAACAGGCCACUGUCGUGGGCGAUGUCCUUGAAGCAGGUAAUGGCUCAGUUUACGAACUCACGAUAGGAGGAGAAACAGGAGACAGUACAAGAGAUGUGUAUCAACGAAUUCAGCGCAGAAAAUUGCUUCCACGACAGGUAUCAAUGAUUGGCAUUGGAGGAGCGAUUGGUACUGCGCUGUUUGUAUCGAUUGGUAGCAAAGUGUUGCAAGGUGGGCCAGCUUCUCUUUUGAUAGCAUUCUGCCUGUGGUCUGUCGUUUUUAUCGGACUUUCGACCUCUAUGUGUGUGAUGGCGACGUAUCUGCCGGUGACCGGGUCGUUCGUGCAUUACACCAGCCGGUUUGUUGAUAAGUCUUGUGGGUUUGCCGUGGGAUGGACAUAUUUUGUGUGCCAGGCGGCAAAUGUGUGCUUUGAGAUUACCGCUGUAUGUCUAGUAAUAGAGUAUUGGACUGACAAAAUACCCAAGGCUGCAAUCAUCAGCGCUCUUAUCCUACUAUUCGCGGCUCUGAACUUAUACUCUGUGUUUUUCUUUGGCGAGGGCGAAUUCUACCUCUCGAUAGGAAAGGUAGUUCUGGCGAUUGGAUUGAUUAUAUUCACGAUUGUUGUUAUGUCGGGCGGGAACCCGCAGCACAAGGUCCUAGGCUUUAAGACAUGGAAUAAUCCAGGAGCUUUUGCAGAGUACAUCACAACCGGCACCUCGGGCAAAUUCAACGGUUUCAUGGCGUGCUUAGUCUUUGCUCUUUACGUUUUUUGGGGUGUUGAUUAUUUAGGAAAUGCUGCCAGCGAAGCAAUGAACCCGAGGAAAGUUGUCCCCGCUUCGUUCAAAAAGGUGUUUGGAAGGCUUAUCAUCUUUUACAUUGGUGGAGCCAUCUGUGUGGGUGUACUGAUACCCUUCAACGAUCCAGAUUUGAAGGCAGCACUUGAAGAAGGGGCAGCUGGUGCCGGUGCUUCACCCUAUGUAUCUGCAAUGAAAACUUUGGGUAUUGGUGUACUUCCUCACAUCGUGAACGUCUUGAUCUUAACCUCGAUUAUCUCGGCCGGGAAUGGAUCAUUAUAUUCUGCUUCCAGAGUAUUACAUCGUCUUGCGCUGGAGGGCCAGGCCCCUGCGUGUUUCAAAAGGGUUACCAAGAGAGGUGUUCCUAUCUAUUGCUGCCUGUCAGUAUUGAUAAUUUGUGCGUUGGCUUACCUCUCUGUGUCAAACAACACCAACAAAGUUUUGACCUGGUUUCUUAAUGUUGAGACUGCGGCAAUGGCAAUUGUGUACAUUUUCAUUUGCGUGUCGUACUUACAAUUUCGCAAGGGAUGUCUCGUCCAAGGAGUUGAUUUGAAAUCACUACCAUAUUACAGUAAGUAUUUGCCUUACUUGACUUGGCAUUCGCUGUUCUGGUUAACACUAAUGCUGUUCGUUAGUGGCUAUACUGUUUUCCUGAAGGACAACUGGGAUGUUCAAUCAUUUGUGUUCUCAUAUUUUAUGAUUCCAUUUUUCGUCAUCUUCUACCUUGUUCACAAAUUGUUUUACAAGACCAGGUUUGUCAGGCCGGAAGAAAUGGAUUUGUUCAGUGGCAUCAAGGAACUUGCAGAGGAAGAUGCUUUCUGGGCCGAGAAUCCGCCAAAGACCAAUCUGUUUGACAAGAUGUUUAGCUUUCUGUUGUAA